GAAAUCAUGAUUUUUUUGUCCAACACAAAAAUGUUGAGCUUUAGAUAGAGAUUUCAUUUAUUCUAAAUUCUAUCACGUUGUUCUUAAAGAAAAUGUACUUUUGGAUAAAGAAAACAAUGAGUUUUUGAAUUAGGGUUUUUGGCCAAAUGGAAGGAGAGGUUUGUUGUAUGCCAGGAUACGGAACUGAUUUGCUACAAGAUGGUUUUACGGGCGCAGUCUGGAGAGAUGCUUUGGCGGGUUAAUUUGGCCAGUAUAAGAGAGGUUCGAUGUGUUGAAAGAAGGGGUAGCCUUGUACUGCUCUUAGAAGGAGAUGGUAUUGGAAGAAACUAUUUUCGGCGGACUGAGGGCAUGAGGUUAUGGACUGAAUUAAUCAAGAAACAUGUUCUCAAAUGUAAAGAAAGAGAGUCAACUAUGGGUAGUACUGAAGACUUUUGGAAUAGCAGAAAAGUUGGCGAGGAAACAGAUAAUUGGUUGAUCUCUAGACUGGGUCCUCAUUCCAGAUACAGGUUGCAGGUUAAAAGCUGUAAUAAGAACAAAAUGGAGCAUUACAAUCAGCUGACUUUUGACAAAGCAUUACCGGAGUCUGAAGUUCCUAAAGUUACCGCUAGAUGUCAACACUCAAACAGAUUGGGCACCAGUCAAAGGUUCGGGGAUCAUCUAGCACGACAUAGAAGUUUAGAACGACAGCUGAAUUGUUUGGGAUUGGAACCAACUUUUGAGAAGGAUUCAGGCUUAGAAUCAUCUGACGGCAGUACAGAAAAACAUAAGCUGUCGCAGCUGAAACCCCAACAACGCGGGAAAUGGAGAGAAAGUCGGGUUUUCGAAAGAAGAAGUCAGGAGCAUUCUAUUCUGAAAGCAGCAUUUAGUUUGGAUUCCAUUCAUCAGCUGACUAGAACAUUGUCUGCUGACAGCAUACAAGCAGCGUUAAUACAGGAAUCCGAAUAUUUCUGUAAUGGUUAUGAAGACAUCAACAACAACAACAACAACAACAACAAUAAAAACAACAAAAGCAAUAAUAUCAACUUCAAUCACUUUCAGAGUGAGCUAACCCAAGAUCAAAUGCAGGAAGGCAAGCUGAGACUGUACGGUAGAACAGGACUUGGAAAACAGGCUAGACCGUCAGGAAGAGGGAAGAGAAAGAAUAUUCCUGAAGCUCUCAAAAUAGUCACUAAAGUAUAGAGUCACUUGCACCUUAUAUAGAGUGGUUUGUGCUCUGUGGCCGGAUUGAUACAGCAGAUCUCUGUUCAAACUAGAUAAACAACUAUCUUAACCGAGAUAAAAAAUGUAAAUGUAACAUAAAGAGCAAGUAUCUCUCAGGAUUGUUAAAAUUAAAGAAACAGUCACUUUAAACGUAAAGUGAAUCUUUUGAGUUCUAGGAAUGUGUGGAGAAAACACAUCGUUAUAAACCAAUCGAAAAAAACAAGGUUAAAUUAUAUGUGUUUUCUUGUUCUGUCAACAAUAUAAGAAAAUGCAUUUAUUUAGAAAAAUAUGAUCGAGCUAGUUUUGCUUUGUUCGCUACAUUAGCGAAGGAUAUGUUAUCCAAUAGAAACAAUAUUUGGAAAAGAAAUUGUUUUUAUUUUUUUUUAAUGGUAUUUUUUUGUUAUUCCGGAUUGCCUUGACCUUUUUGGACAGAAUUACCACACAUUUGAUUCCUACUUUCUUUCGUAAUGUCGAAUGAAAUUUUUAUAAUUUCGAAAUUACGAACAUAUUCAGAACAGAAUGUUCGUAAUGUCUGAAAACCAAAAAGAUAUAUUUUCAUAAAAACGGAAAAGUUUUAAAAACAGCUGAAACCCCACUUAAAGAAGCCUCUUAGUAAAUGAUUUCAUAUAAACGUGCCCAAAACCUUUUAAUCUUUAUACCAGGGGGCAGAAACGUCUUGUAUGUGUGUCUGUACCAAAAGAGUGUGUGUAAGUAAUACCGAACCGAAGGUGUGUACUGUGUACUGUAGGUAUAUACAAUAUUUAUUUAUUGCUUACUGAGUGUAACCCGGUAACCUGAUAUCAAACAAUAUCUUCUGGUCUUCACAUUUUGUUACAGAGGACGGAUGAAACCAAACAGGAUGGACAAACCAAGGGUGAACCAAACAAGAAGGAAAAAAACAAAGGGGAACCAAACAAGGGUGAACCAAACAAGGGACACCAAACAAGGGACACCAAACAAGGGGGACCCAAUCAAGGGAGAACCUUACAAGGGGACACCAAACAAGUGUGAACAAAACAAGGGGGAACCAAAUAAGAGAGAAACACACAAGGGGAACCAAACAAGGGGAACCAAACAAGGGGGAUCAAACAAGGGGAACCAAACAAGGGGAACCAAACAAGGGGAACCAAAAAAGGGAAUCAAAAAAGGGGGAACCAAUCAUCGGGGAACCAACCCAGGAGGAACCAAUCAAAAGAGAACCAAACAUAGGAAAUGCGCGGCCUGUUUAAAUUUAUUAUCUACUAUCUAGUCAUUAUUAAUUUUGUCAGUAUGUAAUAUAUGUACUUUCAUAUUGAAUAUCAUCAUUUCAUCUUUUAUGUUUUUAGCUGAAAUAAAUAUUUUUAUAAUUUA